AGAAGCUGAAACAAAGCGAGAAAAUGGUGGGAGUCGCUGUGGUUAGUAAAUGGACUCUCUGUGUCGCUUCGUCGUCGUUGUCUUCUUCGCCGCCGGCAAAAUACUCGGCAAGUCUCAAUCCACACUGUUCUACGGCUAAGGUUAACUUACGCACUGAGUUAGCGGCAUUUCGUCCUCAGUUCCGUCUCUUCUCGCGCGAUUCAUCGUCUCGCCGCCGUAUUCGCGCUUCCAGCUCCGCCAACUCCGGAAUCUUCCUCCCUCACCUUGUCGCUUCUAUGGAGGAUGUUGAGGAGACUUAUAUCAUGGUUAAACCUGAUGGUAUACAACGAGGCCUUGUUGGAGAAAUCAUCUCUCGUUUUGAGAAGAAGGGAUUUAAACUAAUUGGACUUAAGAUGUUUCAGUGCCCAAAAGAAUUGGCUGAGGAACAUUACAAGGAUCUUAGUGCUAAAUCUUUCUUUCCUAGCCUGAUUGAGUACAUCACUUCAGGUCCAGUUGUGUGUAUGGCUUGGGAAGGUGUUGGUGUUGUUGCUUCAGCCAGGAAGCUGAUAGGAAAAACAGAUCCUCUCCAAGCUGAACCUGGUACUAUAAGGGGUGAUCUUGCUGUACAAACUGGAAGGAACAUUGUGCAUGGUAGUGAUAGUCCUGAUAACGGCAAGCGUGAGAUUGCUCUGUGGUUCAAAGAAGGCGAGCUAUGCGAGUGGGAUUCAGCUCUAGCUUCAUGGCUAAGGGAGUGAUCAUUAAGAAGACAGAUUCAAUUAUAAUGGUCUACAGUAUCUUUACUCCUUUCUUGUUACUGAGAAUGAGCUUUGGUCAUUUUGUUCUUGAUUUUGGCGGCAAUGUGAUAACUGCCAAUUCAUGGCUUAUACUAUUUCUUCUCAUAUCUUUGAUCACUUUUCAUGUAACCCAGUUGAGUUAUAGAUUCAUACGUACAAUUCGGUU